AUGUUCUUCGUAGCAGUCCUAUACUCAUUAUUUUCUUAUUUACAUGUUACUGCUCUUCAACCACAAUUUAUAGCUACUACUCGCUCCAAGUAUGGCGAUGUUACUCAUCUCACAAUCAGAAAAGCCGAAAAACUAUCUAUUAAAGUACAAAAAUGUAAAUGCGAUCUAGAAUUCAUUAGAUUAUGUACAAUCUACAAACUAACACCAUCGUUCGUAAAAAUCUCACUCUGGAAAAAGAGAUUAAAAACAUCUAACGAGUAUAAAUCGUUGCAACAAUAUUGCCUUCAACAAGAAUAUAAAAAUCGUUUUAAAGAUUGCCUCAAACAUGAAAAAGAAUUAAAAACACUAAUUGACAAACUUAAAUUAAUUAUGAAUAGUCAUGAUAUUGAUCAACUACAGAAAUAUUUAUAUGAAAUAUCUAAGAAAACAAAAGAAAAAACAGUAACAACACAUUACAAAAAACUACGAAUACUAAAUAAAGGACCAGUUGGUCAAGACUACCUAUCGCUUGAAACAAAACGCGUACACAAUAUCUCCUCUUAUGUUCUCACAACAGCUGAAGAACGUAUCUUAUGUCGAGGUUGGGAAUUCUGCAUAGAGAAUAAAGUUAAUAAUUUUAUCGAUUUUAAAACUGAUAUUGAAUUAAACAUGAAGAAAAUUGAACAGUCAUGUCAUCGUAACGCCUUUAGUAUUAUAUGCCAUAAUAUAUUUAAUGCUUCUGAUAUAUUUAUGAAAUCAGCAAAGAAGAAGAGCAUUAGAAAUGUAAGCGAUGAAGAAUUUAAAGCUUUAAAAUCGUUAAAAGACAAUACUAAUAUCAUAAUAUAUGUCGCGCCGACAAAGGAAAUUGCAUAG